CCGUGACGUAGGGGAAGUACCGAAUGGAGGCAGCUGCUGGACAUCAAUAGAGCAAAGGCUAGGAACCAGAGACGGUUCAGCGCACACUGGGAGCUCAGCAGCGCUCUGUUGGGAAGAAGCCAAGCUUAUUUCCUUCCUGCUGACCGACCACUGUCCUCCCCCCACCGUGCUCCGGCUCAGGAAUGGCGCCGCGGAUGGAUGACGUCAUGCGCCUGUGCUGUGAGCUGUCGGCACACGAGCAGAUCAAAGUGGCGGUGAAAAGCUCCGCCAAGGGAGCGGCUGUGGCAGGGGGGACCGCGUUUGUCGGGGGUCUGCUGGGUGGACCUGCAGGGAUUGCUGUUGGUGGAGCAGUGGGGGGCCUGUUGGGCAGCUGGCUAACCAGCGGGCAGUUCAGGCCUCUGCCUCAGAUCCUGAUGGAGCUGCCACCCAAACAGAAGGAGCAACUCUACAGCAACAUCGUUGGCUUGCUGGACAGCGUGGAGUGGAUGGACGCGGCCCAGCUCAUUGCCCUGGUUAUGGGCAACGCCACCCUGCAGCAGCAGGUCACCGCCGCCCUGCUAAGCUACGUCACAAAGGAGCUCCGAGCUGAAGUGCGGUACGGGGACUGAGCUGUGGCUCAGCGUGGACCUGGUGCAGUCCAGACAAGGCUUUGCAGGUGGUGGACACUGAUGCUUUCAUAGACACAGAACGAUAGAUGGCUCAAACCUUUCUGUUUUUUGUUUUUUUUUUUAGUAUCAGGAGAAACAAUCAUGUUUUGGAUACAAACUAAAUUCCAGUUUACAUGUUUAAAAUGUGCAUCAUUUAUCUCCCACCUUUCCUCUUUCGACCUAUGCUGCCUUUGUUGAUUUGAACUUUCAAUUAAAGUUUUUAUUAGUGAUUCAAUUCAGAGUGAUCUUGAUUGUAAAAUAAAUGUUAAAUGCAAUAAAUACAUUAGCCAAGUGGGAUGAGCAGGUUUGGACUUAAAGUCAACUAUAACAUAGUUUGACCAACAUGUUAGCUGGAAGUCAUGUUAGCUUUUUGGCCUGACCCAACCAGUCCUGACCUGCGGAUGGGUGUAAAGAUAAAGUAGUAGUAGUAUAGAUUAGGGUGAUGGCCAGGAGGCCCACCAACCUGACAGACUUGGAGCCAAAGGGAAAUCAUCCAGAGGAAACCUGCUGGCCAGACAUGGCAGGUCGGACUAUUACUCAUUGAGGUUUAUCCAUCGAUUAGAAGGGUAUAACCAUUUUUAAUAUGCUGUUGUGUAAUAAAUUAUUUUCCAGAACUGAAA